CCCGUUUGUAGGAGAGCAGUUGACUCCACUGUUUGAUGCAGCGCAAAGCUGCUGAACAUUGUGAAUCUCCCCCGCGGAGCCAUCCGUUAGCGCGUUAGGGAAAGAGAGAGAGGGUUUGUUUUGUAGCCUACCAAGGGCGAUUACUGAAUCAUUGAAAUGCAACGGUCAACCUGGUAGUUUUGUCUUAGCUGUUUUUUAAGUGCAGAUGACAACAUAACAUAUAAAAGCCAGCACUACCCGCCGCUGCCAGACCGAACCCCCAAGAUAACGGUUUUGCGUCCAUCUACAUGCGCUCGCAGGAGAUUUCCCGUGGAUGAUUGUGAAAGACGGACUUGACCGGUCAGUGACUUCAUUAAGUCAACAGACGGAAUGCUCGGUGGCAAGGUCACUCCUCCACCACUCCUCUGAUAAAAGCCUGGUUGGAAGGCUGGCACUUUGGGAGGACCCAAUAAGACUAGGACUGGAAAUGUGGGAGCUGGAAUUUUGGCUCAUGCACACACUUCCAUCAGCUAUUUCGGAUUGAUGAUUAAUGAUGGAUUAACAGUCGGCGAAUCUCCAAGGCACUGGAAAAGACUCAGCAGGCUUUGCUGAGAGAGAAAGAAUUAACACCAGAGGCAGUUUAACUUUUUUUUUGCUUGUUUUUAAUUCUCUCUGAGGAUCCUUACUGCCAACUACAGGUAUAAACACAGACUUUAUGUGGCAAGGAUUUGGUGGAUUUAUCCUGGAGAGUGCGAUGCAGGCUCCAACAGCAGGUUGGCUCUGCAGUGGGAUUUUGUCGCAAGCCUGCAGAAUGGGGAAUAUGGACAACCUGGCGUGAAGGCACAAUUUGAUCUCUCCCUGGUGCUGUCUGUUCCCCAUCACUUCCCUCUGUCCUCGGCUACGCUUUCCCUCCCUCCCUCCCUUCCCCAAUCCCUCCCUUCAUCACCCUCUCCCUCCCUCCAUCCGUCUCUCCCUCCAUCUCUCCCCCUGGGUCCUGUUGUGUAGAGCGCAGGGCCUUGCUGUGCCUCGCCAUGUCUCUGCUCAAGCUGCGAAAAUUCCGGGCCCUGACCCUCCUCUUCUGCGUCAUUACAUUCACCACGGUGCUGUUCAACUACACACUCCGCGAUCCGUCCGGCUACUUCCUCAAGUACGCCUUCCGCCUGUCCGACAGCCUCUUUCCCAAGGGCCCAUGUGGCUGCAGGCGGUGCCUGGCAGACCUGGAGGAUGACCCCUGGUUCGCCGAGAGGUUCAACCAGUCCUUCCACCCGCUGAUGUCCAGGAAGGGAAGUUUGCUCACCGACGACACCUAUAGAUGGUGGCAGUGGCUGCAGGCUGAGAAGCAGCCAGCCAACUUUAGUGAGGUGGUGGACAAGCUCUUCCAGAUCAUUCCGGAUAAGGAGUUCUACAUGGACUCCGGGCCGGACCGCUGCCGGACCUGUUCUGUGGUGGGAAACUCUGGGAACCUCAAGGACUCUCACUACGGUCCUCUCAUUGAUGCUAGCGAUUUUGUCAUCAGGAUGAACCAGGCUCCUACCGAGGGUUUUGAGGAGGACGUGGGACGCAGGACCACCCAUCACCUCAUGUACCCUGAGAGUGCCGUGGACCUGGACAACAGGACCUGCCUCAUCCUCAUCCCAUUCAAGACCUUGGACCUAGAGUGGCUCAUCAGCGCUCUGACCACUGGCACCAUCACGUAUACAUAUUUACCUGUCAUCGCAAACAUAAAGGCCAGCAAGGAAAAGGUGAUGGUGUACAGUCCCAGCUUUUUCAAGUAUGUCUAUGACACAUGGCUGGAUGGCCAUGGCAGAUAUCCCUCCACAGGGUUUCUCACUCUCAUGUUCGCCAUUCAUGUGUGUGAUGAGGUGAGCGUGUAUGGGUUUGGAGCAGACCAGAAUGGAAACUGGCACCAUUACUGGGAAGACAACCUCUUGGGAGGCGCUUUCCGCCACACUGGUGUCCAUGACGGAGAUUAUGAGUACAACGUUACUAUGCUGUUGGCAGACAAACACAAGAUCAAGCUGUUCAAAGGGAGCUGAAAUCACACCCAACGGGGGGGAGGCAAGGAAAACACGCCUGGUUUGAUGACUAAGUCACUCAAUCGCACAGUUCCUCGCACUGUGACUAGUUACAGGAAGCGCACAAAGAAAUGCAUUACACAUAGAACUGGUGAUCCUUCUUGAAUUUCAAUAAAGUAUCUAUCUAUCUAUCUAUCUAUCUAUCUAUCUAUCUAUCCUGCCAAGAGAUCUAAUCUUGCCAUGAUCUUGUUUGCCAUUAUUUCAAGAAGAAGAACCCCAUUCUAAUAUGUUCUAAUGCAAGGUAAUAUCAGAUGAAUUGUUUGAGGGCUUGUGAAACCACAUGAAACUUGAACUUAGUGAAAACUGGUUGCGUCCUCUUUCUCAAGAGGGGUAAGUCUCUACCCUCCAUUUGUUUUUCACUAUGAUGUUGAUAUCAAUCAAUGGCUGUGUCUCAAGCCGUCUACUAUGUAGUGCAGAUAUUGGGACAAUACUAACCAUCGAAAAGUGGGCAUAAUGCCAGUUAGCGCUCAGUACACACUAGCAGUGUACUGACUGAAGUAAGUGGUUUGAGACACAGCCAAUCUGUUUACAUGUACCUAGAGCUUGUGUUAGUUACAACUGAAACCACAACUGUGAAACAGUGGCAUGAUAGUAUUGGCUUUGGCAUCAAUAAUAUGGGACAGCAGUAUAAGUUUUCCUUCAUGACAGUUAUAGUGAACCUGGCUUGGCAAAUCAGUCAGGUUCCUCCAUUUGACAAGACUGGCAGAGGGCCAUUCUCAUUGGACCUGCUUACAUUGUUUCUCAUUGGACCUGCUUACAAUGACCAGAUGGCCGUAAAAAAUUAUGGGUUGGUUGCUGUGUGGGAGAGUGUGUUGUGUUUGGCAUGUCUCUUUAUCUUAGUGUUUGUGUUUGUGUGUGUGUGUGUGUGUGUUUGUGUGUGUGUGUGUGUAUGUGUGAGUGUGGAUCUGAGAGCUUGCAUGCCAGCUAUCACGCAUGACUGUGAUCACCAUAUUGGUCCAAGGUGUGAGACGAGAGCCACACUGUGAUGGACAGGAUGUCAGUUGCUGUGCCCACACAACCUCCAGUCUCACCUGGCCUUCAUUUGCUUCCAGUCCAGUCCACAGCUUGUGUGUGCAGUGAUAAAAUGCAGCCAUUGCUCAGCUUUUGACCAGUUACCUUACUUGCCUACUAUCUACAGUUCCAAGCCUGUGUCAACACAUCCAAGGCCGAUGUUGACAUGUUCUACAAUACAGUUAUGUAAUGUUUUGUCAUGUUUUCAGGUCUCUGUCAGAAAUUCUCUCUUUUUGUAAUGAUGUGUGAAUGAUGGGGACAAAUGUACAAGAAACCCAUCCAGUAGGCUACACCACUAAUGCCUGCCCUUGACUGAAACCUUGAGUGAACAAGGCAAUUUUUUGAAGAACCAAAAUGUUGUCUUGGAAAUAAUGGACUGAUGAAUGCUUCACUAAAUGAAGUGCCUUAUUUCAUUUAGUACUUCUAUUUGUUUUGUAGGCAAAGUUGUACGGUGCCUUUAAAUGUUAUCACCAGUUUUCUAUAUUUGAUAGAUGUGUUUUGUCCUCUGAAAAUGUCAAUGAAGCAUCAUCAAUGACAUAGUUAUAUCAUGUUUAUUUACAUAAAAUGUUAUUUA